GUUAAAAAAAUUGACACUUUGAAUUUGGUUAACGUUACACGUUUUACCCCGACCCCCCAGCGCCAAACUUCAAAAACUGAAAUGGUCUGAGUAGUGAGGAUGGAAAGAAACAGAUAAAUUGCAAGGAUAUGAAAACAACAAAAGAACUAGCCAGAGAGCUUGGGCUGUUAAGACAAAGGAGAAAUGUCGGCAAUGAUCGUUUCUCUAAAAAGAGACCUAGGUCAAAUUGCCAGCAGUUUUCAUAUUUGAUAAUCCUAGACUAUGAAUCAACAUGCUGGGAACAAAAGAAGUUUCAGACACAAGAAAUCAUUGAGUUUCCGGCAGUACUGCUGAAUACUUCGACUGGAGUAGUUGAGAGCGAGUUCCACUACUAUGUAAUGCCCGAAGAACAGCCAAUGUUGAGCGAUUUUUGUAAACAGCUGACAGGAAUAACACAGGAACAAGUUGACAAUGGCAUCCCACUCCGUCUGUGUUUGAGAAAGUUCUCUCACUGGUUGGACAAAUUACAGAGGGAGAAAGGUCUUGUGUUUGAUCCCCCAUCAGAAGAUUCCACUGAAGCUUCGUAUACCACAUUUGUUACUUGGUCAGAUUGGGAUCUUGGAACUUGUCUUCUCAAUGAGUGCAAGAGGAAACAAUUGUUAAAACCUUCACAGUUAAAUAACUGGAUUGACUUAAGAGCAACAUACAGGAAAUUCUAUGACAGAAAACCAAAUGGUUUGAAUGGAGCUUUGCAAGACCUUGGGAUUGAGUUUGAGGGUAGAGAGCACUCAGGUAUUGUUGAUGCAAGGAACACUGCUACCUUGGCCUACCGGAUGAUGUGUGAUGGAUGUGUCAUGAAGAUCACCAAGUCACUCAAUAAAGAGAGGAAAUCUCAAAGUCACCUGACAUCUAAUGCACUGGUCACCAAAGAAACAAGAAGUCCCACAAAGACACCAUCAUCAAAACGAAGAAAAUUGACCAAUGAGGAGAGAGAUGAUGACAUCAUUAUGGCCACCCCAGAUAAAAACAGUGACAGCUGUAUAAAACCAAUUCUGAGAAGGUCACCACGGAAUUUGAGUAAGAUGCAAAAUAAAGUUGUCUCCCCUGUCAGAAAAUCUCCCAGAGAUUCGAAGAAGACACAGAAUAAUGCAGGCCGCUCUGCUGUUAGGCGAUCUCCCAGGUUAAUGAAACAUAGCAAGGAGGUACGAACUGUAAAUUCUGCAACAAAUGUGUCAACUCCGAGGAAACAUAUUGUAUCUAAGGGAUUCUCAGCUAAACAAAUUUAUGUGGAUAGUAAUAGUUUGCAAGCAAAAUCAGGCUUAGAAACAUGUAUUGGAAACGGUGGUUUAACCAACAGAGACAGAAAUGCAACAGAAACAAGACAAAAUUGUGACAAAAGGCCGAAUCAAAAUAAAACUGGAGAUGUCAACUCUUGUGAUAAAUUUAAAAAUCCUGAUAUCGAGCUUGGUGUAAGAUUUAAAGUACCCAGUCCAAAUACCUGUAUUCAGACUUCUUUUUGUAAGAAGUCGCCAAUGAAUAUUAGCAAUUCUUUCAUGAACUCCACCAAUUCAAUUCUGAAAACUCCAGACAUUAAUACCUCAACAUCAAUGAAAGCAACACCACCUAUGUGUAAAUGUGGUCGUCGAUCCAAGAGAAGAAUGGUCCAAUCUCCUGGGCCAAAUCUUGGACGAUUUUUCUUCUCUUGCUCAGGCGUGAAAUCAAUAGACAGAAAUGGGUGUGGUUUCUUCAAGUGGGAAUCUUCCAUUCAAAACAGUGGCUCCUCAGGCCGACAUCAAAGUUUUGUUUCCAAGUACAACUUGUCUAGCCUCUCCAAACCUUUCACCCCUGUGUUUCAGCAGGGAGGUGGAUGUAACAGCUCUGCUCCUCAAAAACGCAGUCUUGGUGUUAGACCCUCUGCAAACAGAAGCUGCAUACGUUGAUAUUUGCCAGUAGUGGCAGUACUAAAAAGCACACGUGUGAAGAUUGUUUGACAUAUUUUCAAAAUGAACAUACUGUAUACUAUACCUGACAUUAUUUUAGCAGGAUAAAUGUGUUUGUAACUUUAGUACCGGUAAUUAAUUGAAAAAAUAAACUGAACAAGGAGUUAUUAUCUGCAAACUGAGGCUGUAUACAGGUACAUUGUUCAGUGAGCCUUCCCUAACCAGGACUAUAAAGGUUGCCUAUAAAAGACAUGACAUUUUUUUAAUUUAAAUCAUUUUAAUGACUUUUAUUGAUUUUGAAUUGUACUUCAUGUAUUUGAAUUUAUGUUGAUCAACAUUGAACAGUAUUUCUCAAUAAAAUUUCACAAUUUUUAAA